CCCAUUGGAGCAGCAGCAGCAUUCCAGCCUUCGAACACUUCAAACACUUACAAGCCCUCCCCUUUGUGCGUUAGAGAGUGGGAGAGAGUGAGAGAGAGAGAGAGAGAGAGAUGGCGGCCAAGGUGGCGUCGGCGGCGGCGAGAGUGGAGAGCCUGGCAAAGAGCGGGCUGGAGGCGAUCCCGACCGAGUACGUGCGCCCGGAGUCAGAGCGUUUCGACCUCGGAGACGCAUUCGAGGAGGAGAAGAAGGCCGAGGAGGGGCCCCAGAUCCCCGUGGUGGACCUCAAGGGGUUCGACACGGAGGACGAGGCGGUGCGGCGGGCGUGCGCGGAGGAGGUGCGGAGGGUGGCGUCGGAGUGGGGGGUGAUGCACAUAGUCAACCAUGGCAUCCCGCUGGAGCUCAUCGAGAAGGUGAGGAGGGUGGGGAAGGAGUUCUUUGAUUUGCCCGUCGAGGAGAAGGAGAAGUAUGCGAACGACCAGUCGUCGGGGAAGAUCGCCGGUUAUGGGAGCAAGCUGGCGAACAAUGCGAGCGGGCAGCUGGAGUGGGAGGACUACUUCUUUCACCUCAUCUUUCCCCAUGACAAGGCCGACAUGUCCGUCUGGCCCAAGCACCCUGCCGACUACGUUGAGGUGACAAAGGAGUUUGCCGAACGGCUAAGAGGGGUGGCGUCCAAUAUGCUGGUAAUUCUUUCCCUGGGUCUGGGACUGGAAGAGGGGAAGCUGGAGAAGGAACUUGGCGGCAUGGAGGACCUCCUUCUCCAGAUGAAGAUCAACUACUACCCCAAGUGCCCGCAGCCCGACCUCGCCCUCGGUGUCGAGGCUCACACCGAUGUGAGCUCGCUCUCCUUCAUCCUCCACAACAUGGUGCCCGGGCUGCAGGUCUACAAGGACAACAAGUGGGUCACCGCCAAGUGCGUCCCGGACUCCAUGAUCGUGCACAUCGGCGACACCCUUGAGAUCCUGAGCAAUGGCAACUACAAGAGCAUCCUCCACCGGGGCCUCGUCAACAAGGAGAAGGUCCGGAUCUCGUGGGCGGUCUUCUGCGAGCCUCCCAAGGAGAAGAUCGUGCUCAAGCCACUCCCGGAGCUUGUGACCGACCAGAUCCCGGCCAAGUUCCCCCCUCGCACCUUUGCUCAGCACAUCCAGUACAAGCUCUUCAAGAAGUCCCAGGAGGACGUCGCCUCUCCGAAGUGAGGUUGCACUGCAGUACUCUUUUCGAACUCCAAAGUCCAAGCCAUUUCUCUUGCCUUGUGAUAUGCGGGCCGAGUUGAGUCGUGAACCUUUUGUCACUUAUGUUGUCGUCGUCUAGGGGGUCAAACUACUCUUUGUCGUGUUGUGGUCAGCUUUUGCCUUCUUGGUUGCUACGUGAAUGUUCUACUAUAAUAACCCUCACGUCCUUAUGAAGCUUGAUGUCGUGCUCGAGUUUGAAUCUUUCGAAAUAAAAAAUAUAAAAUAAUAAACUAAA